ACGAGCGCGUAGCGUACCUUCUACAAACAACAAACAUUGAUUUGACGAGCCGCUGGACGAGACGGAGCGAUCUUCAGAUUUGCAUUUUCCAUUUCUUGACUUUAUUGAUACAUUCAUUUCGUUAAUUUAUUCAUUUAUCAAUACAUUUUCAUCUGAAUUACUCAGUGUCAUAUUUUUGUCUGGUUUUAACAUUUCUUGUUUUUAACGUAUUCUCAGUCCGUGAGUUGUUAUUUUCACAGGUCAGAUGACAUCGUUCAUCGGAGGAAGCUCUUGUGGAGCUGGCGUACCGAGGGAUCAGAUCGCCUCGUUGUUCGUGGGGGACCUUCAUCCAGAAGUGUCCGAGUUCGUCCUCCAUCAGACGUUCAGCCCGUUCGGUCCGAUCCAGUCCGUGCGGGUCUGCAGAGACAGGGUGACUCGGCGAUCCCUGCGGUAUGGUUAUGUUAACUUUGUUAACCACGCCAAUGGUAAGUUAUCUCUCCGUUCUUCACCUUGACAUCUUGGUAAUAAACAUUUGAAUUUGAAAUUUCAGCCUUGUGUAUUUUUCUCCUCGAUGUUGUUUCCUGUAAAUCAUCUUUCAAUUAAGCUAUGUGAAGUGUGCCGUACAAACAAACUUGCUACGUCUUGUCUCUUAUCAACUCUGUCUUUCAGCUGAGAGCGCCAUGGACAGCCUUAUGUGUCAGGAUCUUCUGGGCAGACCCAUGCGGAUCAUGUUCUCCCAGCGUGAUUCCACUCUGAGGACGACUGGGGUCGGGAACAUCUUCAUCAAGGGUCUGGCCAGCAGCAUCGAUGGUGCCCGCCUUCAUGACAGCUUCUCAAUUUUUGGGAAGAUCCUGUCCUGCAAGGUGGUCUGCGAUGCACAUGGAUCCAAAGGUUAUGGAUUCGUCCACUUUGCCACCUUUGAAGCGGCAGAGAAGGCCAUCAAAGCGCUUGAUGGCAUGUUGUUGGACGACCAGCUAGUGUCCAUUGGCCACUUUAAAACCUUUCAAGAGCGUCAUGUUGAGCAGCAGGUCAUGGCUCAGGACAAUGAGAGGCACUACCCGGGGGUGAGUCUGUACGUGUGUAACCUGCCCUACAGCUUCAGUGAGCAGCAGCUGUACAGAGCGUUUUCACCCUUUGGAAGCAUCAUCAGUGCCAAGUUGAUGAUGGAGGCCGGACGCAGCCGAGGCUUUGGAUUCGUCAGCUUCUCCACCCUCAACGAUGCGACCACCGCCGCGUCUGUCAUGAACGGGCGAGUGGUUCAAAAACGCCUUGACGUUCAGCCUGAAAACCAGCUCGCGCUCCAGCCCGUCAGUCGACAGACAGCAGCGUGCGACCUCGCUCAGAGUCAGUAG